AUGUCUACCACAACCCAGCACCUCACGACGCCUGCGGCCCCCUGGACCCCUAGCUUUGAAUCCCAUCUCUCUAAGCUUCCCUCUCCCGAAUUCGUCCUCACCUCUCUCCAACCCGCACCAAAAGGCUCUCCAGUCCCAUACUUGCCCCGACUGAGAUACUGCAUCUACCGUGGCAUGUGGGGCUCGUUGCCCGAGAACAAGCACAAUGACGCACCUCGCAAUGCUCCAACCUAUACGUCAGAUAUGCCGACAUUCACCACUGAUGUACGUAUGCAGAAGGUCGGGCAGUUCUUCGCGUCUUCAUCCGGCCAUGCAUCCUCGGAUGAUCAGGUGCAAGGGAGCGGGGGAGGUGGACCAGUCGAGGCAGUAUGGUGGGUCAAGGAGACGGGGACGCAGUGGAGGAUGAAAGGCGAGGCAUUCGUCGUGGGGGGAGACAUUGAUGAAGGGGAGGGCAGUGGAGUCAGGACUGUAAAGAGUGAGGUUGGAGGGCGGAUGAGGAGAACCGAGGCAGAGGGCAUUGAAGGAGAUUGGAGCUGGGCGAAGGAGCUUACGGCACACUUUGGAAAUUGCUCGCCAGGGAUGAGAGGAUCCUGGAAGAACCCGCCACCUGGCAGACCUACGAAUGGACAGGAGCCGGACAAAGACCAUCAACUUGGACAGAAAGUGGAGGAUCUACAUGAUCCCAUCGCGAGGGAGAACUUCAGGGUGGUGGUAAUCAAGCCGGAAGAGGUGGAGCAAUUGGACAUCAGUGAUCCGGCUACGGCUAGGAGAUGGAAGUAUACAUUCGUGGUGGAGAAGGGCCAAGGAGCAGAGGGGAAGGGCGAGUGGAAGACCGAGGAAUUGUGGCCAUGA